UUCCGGCCGGGUUUGGGGUCGUGGUUUCCGUUUGGGGAUUGCUGGAUGGUUGUGACAGAUGAGCCGUCUGAGGCUGGGGUGUUCCAAGGAGCCAACAUGUCUGCCCUGUACCCAUCUUUGGAGGAUCUGAAGGUAGACCAAGUCAUCCAGGCCCAGGCUAGAACUUUGCCCAGGAUGCCUGCCUUGCCGGCCCAGGAGGCAGCUCCCUCCCCACCUUCAGUCUUGUACCCAAACCUGGCAGAACUGGAGAGCUACAUGGGUCUUUCCCUCUCCAGUCAAGCAGUCCAGGAGAACCUGCUUCAGAUUCCAGAGGGUGACAGUAUAGCGGUCUCCUGCCCCUGGCCCAGCCAGGUGGUGGCUCCAGUGUCUGGGAACAACCUGGGCAUACGUCGUGCCGAGAUCAAGCCUGGGGUGCGUGAGAUCCACUUGUGCAAGGAUGAGCGAGGCAAGACUGGGCUGCAGCUGCGGGCCAUCGACAAGGGGCUCUUUGUGCAGCUGGUCCAGGCCAACACCCCUGCAUCCCUUGUGGGGCUGCGCUUUGGGGACCAGAUCCUGCAGAUUGAUGGGCAAGACUGUGCCGGGUGGAGUGCACACAAAGCCCACAGAGUGGUGAAGAAGGCAUCAGCAGAGAGGAUUGUCAUGGUUGUUCGGGACAGGCCAUUCCAGCGGAGUGUCACCAUGCAUAAGGACAGCUUGGGCCAAGUUGGUUUUGUCAUCAAGAAGGGGAAGAUUGUGUCUGUGGUCAAGGGAAGCUCUGCUGCCCGCAACGGGCUCCUCACCAACCACUAUGUGUGCGAGGUGAAUGGGCAAAACAUCAUCGGGCUGAAGGACAAAAAGAUCACCGAGAUUCUGGCCACAGCUGGAAAUGCUGUCACCCUGACCAUCAUUCCCACCGUGAUCUAUGAGCACAUGGUCAAAAAGUUGUCCCCAAGGUUGCUCCAUCACACCAUGGACCACUCUAUCCCAGAUGUCUGAAGCCACAGGAGGGCAACUUGGGCCUCCC